AUGUUUAGAGUGAGGAACAACCACGUACGAACCCAAGUGGGACCACUUCUACACAGAAAUCAGUUAUCACUCAAGUGCCAUAGGUACUACUCUAGUGGUAGCGCAAACAACAAGAAAUUUUCAAACUUUAAACUUGGAUUGGGUGUUGGUUUGAUCGGUUCGAUUGCUCUAUAUUUCACCAAUGACACAUCCUACCAGAAUAUUAGACAUGUCUACUUCACCGGGGAACGUAUUGGUGUGGUUACUGUUGCGACUGUGCGUUGCUUUGGUCUUUAUAGAGCAACCCUAGCUGGAGAAUAUGAAUCCGCAGAGGCAAGACACGAUGCUUUAGCAAAGACCCACUUGAAGGCAGCAAAGAUCACCCUCAAGGCUCUUGAAAAAAACGGAGGAAUCUACAUCAAGUUGGGUCAACACAUAUCUGCUUUGACCUACUUGUUACCUCCUGAGUGGACAAACACUAUGAUUCCACUACAGGACAGAUGCCCCGAGUCUUCAAUGGAAGAUAUCGCAAGGAUGUUUAAAAGAGAUUUGGGUUAUUCGAUAGAGGAUCUUUUUAGUGAAUUUGACCCUAACCCUGUAGGAGUUGCCUCGUUAGCCCAAGUACACAUUGCUAAAUUGAAGUCAACAGGACAGAAAUGUGCGGUGAAGGUACAACAUCCUUCUCUUCAAGAAUUUGUUCCUAUCGAUAUAUACAUGACUCAAACUGUGUUCGGACUUAUGCACAAGGUAUUUCCGGAAUACCCAAUGACCUGGUUAGGAGAUGAACUUCAGAAUUCAAUCUACGUGGAGUUGGAUUUUAGCAACGAAGCUGAAAAUGCUGUAAGAACUGCUCAAUACUUCCAGAAUUUCCAAAGUGAAACAGCUUUAAGAAUUCCUAAUAUCUUGUCAGCUCAUAAGAGAAUUUUAGUUAUGGAGUAUGUGGCUGGUGCUAGGUUAGAUGACUUGAAGUAUUUACAGGAGCAUCAUAUUAACCCUGCUCAAGUUUCUUCAUGCCUUGCACAUAUAUUCAACAAUAUGAUUUUCACUCCUGGAGUGGGAUUACAUUGUGACCCCCACGGUGGGAACUUGGCAAUAAGAUCUGUUCCUUAUAGCGGAGGGAACGAACACAAUUUUGAAAUAAUAUUAUAUGAUCAUGGAUUAUACAGACAAAUCCCGUUGCAGAUGAAACGAGAUUAUGCUCACUUUUGGCUCUCUAUUCUAGACAAUAAUAAAGAAGACAUGAAAUACUACAUGGGAAAAGUAACAGGGAUCAAAGAUGAAAAGAAAUUUAUCAUUUUCAUGUCUGCCAUUACAGGAAGAGAUGCACAAACAGCUUUAAAUUAUGACAUCAAAAAGGCCAGAAGUAAGGACGAGGUUUCCAAAAUCCAAAGCCAGUUUGAAAAUAAUUCUGGCCUCUUAGAGGACUUAAUGGAAAUGUUAGCCGAAAUGCCUAGAAUUGUGUUAAUGAUUCUCAAGACUAACGAUUUGACUAGAAAUCUAGACGAAAGCUUGGAAAGCGCCCUUGGGCAAGAGAGAACAUUCUUAAUUAUGGCCAACUACUGUGCCAAAGUAGUGUAUGAUGAACAGAGAGAGAUCAAUCAUACCAAGUAUAACCGAUGGUCAGUAAGAUUAUGGUUAGCAACCUGGUUUAACUGGUGGCACUAUCAAAAGAGGUUGAGUUCAUUAUACGUAUACGACUGGUUAAUGGUCUUACGCAGGUUGAGGAAUGGAUUUACUUAA